GUUGAACUUUAAAUCAUGGAGAAGAAAGAAUCGGUGACAAAACUAAUUGAAGACGGAGUCAAAGACUCCAGAUCAGAAGUCUCAGAAGAGAUAGUUUCUAAAGUUACUGAUAUGAUCCAGGAAGAUAGGAAAUAUGCCAAGGAAGCAGUCACAGCUUUUACUAAAAUCUUUAAGAGUGAGAAAUACAAGAAGAGUUAUUUAGCGCUCCUGAUGAUCGAACAAGUCUCGAAACAAGGAACGCUUCAGUUCCAUGAAUACCUUUCUCAGGAUGGGUUCAUGAAGGAAUUCAUGAAGUGAUUUAAAAUCUUAAGAGGCAAGGGAGGGAUUUUUAGCAGAUGGGAAAGCAAAAGUAAAUAAAGAACUUAGGGUAAAGCUCCAAGAGCAAGCCCUGUACAUGCUUCAAUUAUGGGCAGAUACAUUCAUGAUGUACCAAGAGACAUAUCCUGGAUUUCAAAAGUGAUAUAGAGAGCUAAAAGUUGAAGGCAUCGAAUUUCCAGAACGGCACAAGAUGGAAGAGACUAUUAUGAACAAUCUUGAGGGAAUAAAUUCACCUAUGUAUGACUUCAUAAUUCAAGCAGAAAAGAACCGUAACGAGGAGCCUCCAACCAAGAAGAGCAUCACCUCAAGUGGGAGGAAGAGUAACCCUGAAAGGAAAAAUAAUCCUAACAGGAAGAGUAAUGUUAGUCGUAAGAGUAAAUCAAUUGGAGGACGAUACUCAGAUUUAGGCAAAGUUAAAGAAGCCCCAUUGGAAGGGGAAGAUAAGAUAGAUAUGGACCCAGAUCUUGAAAUUUCCGAAAUUAAUAUGAAGCUCCAAGACUUGGAAGAUAAUCAUGGUUAUGUGGAAGAUGAACUGAAAUAUAGUGAAGAGAUUGAGGCUGCCAACUACAAGAAGUAUACUCAAGAGGAGUUUGAUAAAGCUGUAUUUGAGAUAUCUAAAAGUCAUUUCGAUCGGCUAGAUGACAUGCUCAACAACUGAGAGUCAUACACAGAUAUAAUGACUGAGGUCAUCAUUGAAAUGUAUGAAGAAGCUUUGAAAGGAAAACUCAAGUGUGAAAAGAUCAUGCAGAUUAGGAAGAGCCAAAAUUUAGAAGGCCCAGAUGAUAAAGAUGCUAGAGAAAGCCUUAUUCACAUGAACCUAAAGAUAAAUGACUUCAAAGAGAAAUAUUACUUAUUGAAAGAACGUCAAGUUCGAGAAUAUAAUAAAGCCAAAAGAAGAAUUGAGAAGAAAAAGAGAAAAAUCGAGAAAGAUAAUAAAAAGGCUGAAAGACGUAGAAAGAGAAGAGAGGAGAAAUUGGCAAAAAGAAGGGAACAACUCAACUCAGCUAACCCAUUCAGCGUCAACGAUAAGGAUGGUAUGGCCAACCAACCCCUUGAUGCGACCGUCCUCUCAGAGAGUGACACAGAAUCUUCUCACAGUGAUAGUUCUGAAAGUGAGAAAUCUGAGCUUGGUAGUGACGAGGAUGGUCUUCAUGCUCCAAAAAGUAUGCAUGAACUCAGGCUGCAAGAAGCUGAAAGGAAGCGCAUCAGGAAUAAUAAAAAGAGAGAUAAGGAGAUCAAGAAAAUCCUUAAGGAUAAAGAGAAGAAAAGGAAAUCAAAAAUAGAAGGUAAUGCAGGAUCGAAUGGUGGAGGAUUCUUGAGAAAUUCAGUCCUUGUUCAGAAAACACUUAACUUCUUUGGAAGAGGGAGCAAACCAAAGGAGACCCUCCUCAAGCAUACUGAUUGUGAUGAUGAGGAUAUAGAGGCAAAGAAGCUGGAUAGUAAUGAUGACAACCAGGAUUUGUUUGAGCCAUCUGAUAAUUUGGAGAAGAGACCUGAGGAACAGCCCAAGCUGAAUGAUUUCUUUGUACAGACUUCAUCUAAACCUUCCAAAGAAAUAGAUGGUGAAGAGCAAGCCUGAAAUAACGAGGAAGAUAAGAAUGAGGAGGCUACUAGUGAGGAAGAAAAAUAUGAAGAGGAGAAAAGGAAUAGCGAUAAUGAUGCCUCUCCUAAUGCUUUAAAUGGAGAUGAGGACAAGAAAGAUAUCUUUGAAUAUCAAGGAAAGCCACCUACUGGCCUUCCCCCACUAUCUAAAAAGUUCAAGUCAACUAAAGACAAGGGAGCAAAGGGAGUUAAAAAGUUGAUGGCUCCUCCAAAGGCGCUUGGAAACAGACAUAGUGUUUUGCAGCAGCCGAACCUCUUAAAUUUGCUGGAUAACUAAAUAUUACAAACUUUUAUCUAAUAAUUC